UGGACAGGCUACGAUUCAGAAGCUCCGUCUCACUCGACUCAUCACUCAGUUCAGACAUGCUGUACUCAAUUCCUGUACAAAUAGAGAAGAUCAUCACAACACCUCCAUCAUGUCACAUCGACACUGAGAUUCCUACUAUAUGAGCAAGCAGGGCCCUGAAUAAAAAUGACUUCAAAUAAUCAGAAACCAGCAUUAUUUGAUGAAGGCAACUGUGAACUUCAGAGAACAUAUGACAGCUCAACGAUUGGUUGUGAUGGUCUCAAAUCGUACUGGGAUAGGAUAUUCGCUCAUGUUAAGGAUGAACUUCCCUCCAUUGAUUCAGACUUUUCAUCAUCUGGUUCAGAAGAUGGUGAAGUUCCUAUUUUCCAACGUGGUACCAUAGGUCUAAUUUCCCACCUGCCCGAGGAUCUGAGGGAGUUAUCACUCGAUGAUCCAGUUCUUGAGGAAAUGCUGGAAUCUGCAAGAUGCCCACGUGAGGCUUGGGCACAGGACUAUAAAGAAAGACCAUUCGAGGAUCACCAGGACUUUAGGAGUGAAAAUUCAAGACUCUCCGAAAAAUCGACCACCACUAAUAAAUUUAUGGCAGCUGAAGCUGGCCCAUUAAUUGGUAACAAUGUUGAAUCACUGGGGUUAUCAGCAGCUUUUAUCACUGGUGAGAGUGAGAACUCACUGGACUUAGAAACGGAAUCCCGGCCUGGUGAAAAAGAGCACCUUGUGGAUCUAGGAAAUAAUGGUGGAGGAGACCCUCAAUCAUCCAUAACUCCAAAAGUCAUUAACAAUAAGAAACCGAAAAUUCUAAGGUGUCAAGGCAGUGGAGAUAGGAACUUAGAUUCAGAAUUAACAACUGAAAAAUACUUCAUGCAAAAUAUCCCAGAAAACAUUCUGGAAACGGUGCUGAACAAGAACAAGGCAACAUUCACCAAAAGUCAUUUAAUUAAUUCCAGUAGAGACCAGGAAACUAUACAAGUGCCAAAGGAAGGGCUAAAUGGAAGGAAUUCAACAUGUACUGGACAGCACACCCACAGACCACCUAUACUCUCUUUAGAGUGUAUAGAACAAGUAAACCUGGAUGGGAUCUUACAGAGUCUGCAACAGGUGGAAAACUGGAGCAGUGAUUUAGACAACAUCAUGAAUAGAACUUGGUCUGCUUCAGUACCUUCUCGUGUCAAUAGAGAACAGAGCCUAAUGGAACAGCUCACCUCACUGUCUGUCAAGCAGUCAGGGGGAGUUGUCACGUUGACCAACCAAACACCAGUGUGUAAUGGAGAGCACCAGCCUGACAGGGCGAGAUGGACCAGGCUUGAUGGAGGCAAAACCAAUGACCUCAAAUAUUUCCUGAGUCCUGAAGCAAACACAUGUACCAGGUGGAUGGAAGAAAAGCUGACAAUGAGAAAGGAUUCUGAACCAAAAACUGUUUUCAUUGACCUACGGAACUGGGAGCAGGAAAGAAGGACAUCACAGACAGACAGCAGAAACAGUAAGGAGAAGCUCACAUGUCUGCAGAAUGAAAGUUCUACAGAAUCAUCCUUUGAGGAAGACAACCAGAACAGCAUGUCAACCCAAGACAGUGACCAAGAACAGAAAGAGCCACAGAGUGACUCGGGAUACGGCAACUGUACUGGUAAAAGCAUGUUACUGAAGCAACUGCGAAAAGCCUCUGUCAAGUACUUAAAAAUGCCAUACAAUGAUUCUAAAUGUACAGCUGGACAGGCAGAAGCAACUGGUGAAGCAGCCAAACCAACCCAGAUGAAGAGAAGGAAAGCAAGAAGUGAAAUCAGGAAACCUGUUGGUGAACGACUUGGAGUGUCUGUGGCUCCAAAUACCAACACGGAGAGAAGAGCCCUAGAGGAACUCAGUUCUAGUUCCAGUGAACAACUUGCCCUCACAUCUGCUCCCACACUGAAAAACUGUGCUUCAAAAGUCACAAUACCAUCUGUUAGACAGAGUGAGCCAACACUGCCUAGGUUGGAGCAAUAUCCUGCAAAUAUAAACCGUAAUCUAUGCUGCAGUCGCAGUCUGGAGCCAAAUGACCAAAGGCAGAGAGAGCACAAGAGGAAAGAGCAGCAGAGCCGACAGCGGCUGCACAGGCAGCUAGACAGCCUGAAGCCCCUGAGGUCUGUGACAGGAAAGCAGCGUGGUGCAGAGGGAACGCCACUCCUUUUCCACACGGAGGCCUCCUAUUUGCCCAACAUCAGCACUUUACCCCAGAAAGGAAGAAGUGACAUGCUUCUACUGACUGUUCAACUCUCCAGCUGUGGUCAACUUGUGACAAGUGGACAGCAGGCCGGACACUUGCUGGACAGUAUGAUGACCACAUCCAACUUGUAUAAUGCACUGGUGUCAUGGUUCCUUUCCCUGGUGCCCACUCAGCUGGUUCCUGUGAAUGCAUUACAUGGAGACUGUGCUGAGGUUGAGCUGAGGGCACCGUUUCAGGUGGUGGGUCUUCAACAGACCUGGCAAGAAGAUGGUCUGGCUCUUUAUGUUUGUGUGGUGCCAGUGAGUCAAGGUCCAAGCCCCAACAAGCCCACCUACAAUAAGAGCCGGAAAAACAAGACAAAGGAGGAACUGCGAGGAACGUCAAUAUUUUAUCAGCUAGUUGUGAAAUUCUUAUCCCAAACAUGCCUGAAAGCAGUGACAUGGUGGAGUAAGCAACUGAACAAUUCUCUUCAAGAACAAAUGUUCCCUCCACAUAUCUACAUUCCCCCAGUUCGUCUCAAUUCCAUGAUCUCUGUCAACCCAGAUCUCAAGAUGGUUAAGAAAAUAUUUGAAAUUGAGAUGGGGUUUUAUUGGCAGACAGUAGAGACAGACGAGAGCUAUUGUCCCUCAGUGACUGAGAUUGGUGAGAGCUGUGAAGAGAAACCAGAGGUUACCAUGGCGUUAGUGUUUGAGAACCUAUUGAUUAAUCCUAUGGCCCUUCAUCACACACUGCAGCUCAUCCUUGGCUAUGGUAUGGAUAUCUGUGGCCUUCGACUACUUUACCCUUCACACAGACUCCUGGCUGAGAAUGCAGGUAAGCUGCCUUCUGCUUACACUCCAGAUGAUGCUGACUCAAGACCUGUUUUGGCAUUAGCACUGAGAGGUGUGAAUGCUGGUGCACUGUGGAUGGACAUUGUUGGGCCCUCUGAUCCUCAGCUGGCCAGUGUGACAGACCAGCACUCCAUCAAUGCUCUCUAUUGCAAGCAUCGUGAUGAGCCAGUCCUCUACUCCCCACACCAGGAAAGCCGUAUCCACUGGGAGCUCUGUGUGUGGUUUGGUGGAAGGAUUCCUGAAAAUGGGAUUGUACGAGUCGGCAUUCAGAACCCUGGCAGGAAAAACAGUUUGAAAUCCAGAUCUCAUAGUCUCCAGUCUACAGGAACGCACAUAGACCCCAGAGAGACCUGCAGACCUCCUGCUACACUAGUUGCAACCGUUCGAGCUGAUAUAUUUCUGCUAGUAUCUCCUGCUGUGCCACCUUGUUGCUAUGGAGAUAUAAUGGCCAUCUGUACUAAGCGAGGAUUCAGUCUACAGGGCAUGCGACGCCUUCGAUUGUCUCCAAAGAGAGCAGGGAGCCUUGGGAUUGCAAGUAUGCAGAUCCCAGUGUUUUGCCGAACUGGAGCCCUAAUUCCUCAUGAUUCUGCUGGUGGCCCCUCCACUGUUGAGCUGCCCUGUCCCUGCUUCUUGCUACUUAUAAGAAAAGAAAAUGCAAGUCACCACAUUGUCAGCUUGCUGAAAGGUUUAGCGAAUGAGCUGGCAGAACAGGGAUUACUCGGAAGUGUUCGGAACAGGCUUCCUCCCAAUGCCGAAUUUGAGGUUGAAUCAUGUUUUCACGUGGUACCCUACACUGAACAAACACUGCAGGGCUUAGGAGGAUCUCUCAGUGCCGUGCCCCAUUCUGCCAAUCUGAUCCUGGGUGUGCUGUAUAAACACAGCUUUGUGUCCAACCCUGAACUGGAGCAAGUUGUUGUUCUCACACUAACUGGACCCACUGCCAUGAAAAAUUCUGGGAACUGUCUGCGGGACCUUCUACGACCCCCAUUAAACAAGUCACGCAACACAUCAGGUGAAGAUCUAAUGGAUGGAGGCUUUGAGCUUCUGGGUUUGAAAUGGCUGCCACAUCUAAGCCGAAGCCAGGCCGAGGAAUUGACACCAUUUGAAGUGGGUGACAGACACUGGCAGGCGAGCAUUGACUGCCUGGUGUCCAGCUCUGCCCUGGUGUGUGUGCUGCGACGUGUGGGUGCUUUCAAAGCACUGGCUGCAAUACUCAGCACACCCAAACCCAGGGCCAGCCUGUUCAAGGAAAACCACAGAAACUUGGAGAAAGUGAUGUCACCAACCCCGGAGCUGGCCUUCAGACAGGCAGCUUUGUUCUUCACUGACAGGGAGCUAAUGUCAGAUUCAGGGGCCCGACCUUUACUGAAGUACCUCUCUCCCUCUCUCAGGUCUGGGAACACCAAGCUGGAUAAAGAUACACAAACUGUCAGCACAGAAUCCAUUUUCAGCUACAUGCUGCUUGGUGCCCAGCCUUUGUUUACAGUGCUGGUUAUCAAACCCUCUGCUUGGCCACAACAUCACCUCAAGAUACUCCGCAAGUUAGACUGGGAGCAUUUCUGUGUUGUUGGAAUGAAACUUAUCAGUCUAGAUACAGAAAAGGCCUCACUUCUGACUCCACAGAGCAUUCAGCAGGAUCCAUGGCUGGUGAAAUGCAGCAUUGAUUCCCUGACCUCCGGUGCUUCCAUCAUCUUGUGUGUUCAACGAGAUAAUGCUGUGAAAAAGCUGCUUGAUUUGCUCGGCCCUGAAGAUCCCCGGGUGGCCAGAAGCCUGGACCAGUUCCUAUGGAGAGGUCACUGUGGAACAGACAUAGUCCACAACGGCUUAUAUGGUUCCUCGUCCUUUGUGACAGCAAUCCGGGAUGUAAAGGCAUUUUUCCCAGAAGGACUUUGCUGUGAAGAGUCACAAAUGAUGCAGGAUGAGCAGAUUGACAGUAACAGAAAGGACUGGCUCAUAAGCCCUGAGUUCCCAAAAAAAUUCAAGCUGGUCAAGUCUUUAACUCUCACCCAUUUGGAUUCAGGAGCUCCCACAUGGCAGCAGCAGCAAGACCUGCUGCUGCCCAGACCACUGUGCCAGACCAUGUGCCUGCUGCUGGCCUCUCCACUCAUCAGGAGGUGUCACCACCCACCAUACAUUGAAGUGCUGGACCAGUUGGAAAGCUGUAAUUAUAGGCUAAUGGGGGCAAGGAUGAGUGUCCUGGACCAAUCACAGGCUCAGCAUGUGGCAGAGCUCAUCACUAUGGACAAUAUCUCAACAAUAUGCUCACUGCUCACUAGUGGUCCUUGCCUGAUGCUGGCUCUGGAGAGAGAUAACGGAGUCUGCUGCUUUAGUACACUGCUGAAUAGCCUUGCUUGGAAAAAACUGGAGCUUGAGGAUUGUCUGCAGUAUUUCAUCUACCCAAAGAGUGAGCCACAGGUGGAACGAUUGAUCUGCUGUCUGUUUGACUCCCUUGCUCCUCAAAGUAUUCAUCAGAUCGUGCUCCAAGAUUCUUAACCUGCUGCAGUAACAGCAUUUACAUCAUCACCUCCACAGCUCCAAACUCUUAAAACAACACACUGCUGCUAUUUCAGAGAGAUGAGGCAGUAGUCAGUGCAACAAAAAGCAAUUUAGCAUUUUUUCCUCAAACUUCUGUUUUUUUUCCAUGUUUAAAAGUUUUUCUUUCCACAUUUGUUAUUCUGUAACCACUAAUUUGCUGUGUAUUGAAAUAACCCUGACAAAGCAGUUUGAACUACACUUGACUGGUGCUGCUUACUUCUCAGGGUGGGAUCUGAUUAAACCAUAGAAGUUUUCUACAGAAUCUUCUUUCAUCUCUAUUCCUGAUGGUUCCUCCCCAUAGUCUCCUUGGGGAUAUGCUAUAGGAUAAAUCUCUCCCCAGCUGCUAAUGAUACAGAUUCAGGUUGGUCGACAGAACUAUGUUCACUAAGUAAUUUUAGUCCCCUAAUGUAACACAGCGAGCUCAAUCUGCUUCAUCUGGAGGCCUGGAUAAUAAAUGGUCAGUGAGUUUAUCAAUUAAACAUGUAGGCUGCAGGCGUCAAAGCUGCAUUUGCCCAAUUGUAUCAGCCUACGAUUAUGCAUUAAAGAUAGAUAUUGUUGCAUUCAACUUCUUCCUAAUCUACAUCAAAGAUAGAGAUAUGAAUCCAAUUAAAUGCAGAACCAGUGAGCUGUAGGCGCUCUGACUCCUCCAGACAGGCAUCCAUGUGAGAUUCAGGGCUGUGCCAGGCAUUAUUCCUUUUAGAUAAAAUGGGCUUUUCUUCAGCUCAAUACAACAAACAGCAUUAGCCCAUGACUCCACCUCAACGCAGAUGAAAGAUGGGCAGUGUCUCUACAUUUAACACAAGUCACAGUGGAAAUUGGCUUGGAAGUCCCUCUGGGAACAAAGUAAGCAGUUGGGGUUAGAGUUUCUACUCAAUACAAACUUAACACUGCGCUGUGCAGGAUAAGAUAUAGGAAUUCAUCAGCAUAUUCCACCUGUAAUAGCAGCCUCAAACAUCGAAGCGUUCUCCAUUUUACAGAUAAAUGUGUCUCUUGCAAACUUGUUUUAAUUGUAUUUAUUCAGAGUUUAUUUUUUGCUUCUGAUUUAAUAUUAUACAACUAGAGAUCCAAAUGAAACAGAUGCUACUAUCCUGGUAAAUAUAUAUUAAAUAUUUCAGUGUAAAUGAUUCCUUAUCUUGCAUUGCCACCUCAGAAGUAAAAUAAAUCUCA